AUGACAACUCCAGUAACGGUUGUGCAAAACAACUUGGACAAUCCAAUACAAUUGUUGAAAAACAAUCAAAACAAUGAUAAUUUAUUGAAUCAAGUUAAAUUAAGUAAUAUCGUACCAAAUGUUUAUCAACAAACUAAUCUAACAUCUAUUGAGAUAAUCAAUGCUAAUUCUGAAGAUGAUCAAGUGAAUAAUAAAGAUUGUCAAUUAGAAUUAUUAGGUAAUUCAGUGGAUAUAAAUGUACAAAAUAAUGUUACAAACAUCCAAAAUACAAUAGAAGAAGUAAAUGUGGAUACAGAUGAGAAGCAGACUGCAAAGAAAUCAGAAAUAAAUUCGGCCUCGAAAGAUGUUUCUGCAACUUUUAAGAAAAAUACUCCUCCAAAAAAACAUUCUCGAAAGAGUCUUGGAAGAAUAAAAAAGAAUAAAACUUCUAAUGGGGAGCAAUUUCGCUUUAAAUGUGACAUUUGUGGCCAAGAAUUCAAAAAACAAUAUUCAUUACAAAAACAUGUACACGAACAUACUCAAGAUAAACCCCAUAAUUGUCCAAAAUGUCCUGCAUCGUUCAAUAUACCAAUUAAUUUUACCUUGCACAUGGCUACGCAUAAUAUGGGGGAGCCAAAGUGUCCUGAAUGUGGUCGAAAAUUUGCACGUCUAGCCAGCUUAAAGUCCCACAUGUUGAUCCAUGAGGUUGAUGAGAAUCUGUACUGCACUGAGUGCGAUGAUGUCUUUGGAACGAAGAGCCAACUGGACGCCCACUCGAAGCUCCACAACGAGAAAUGGUCCACCGACGACUACAGGAAGUGCAAGCUCUGCCGCAAGCAGUUCACCCAGCCGCUCCUCUAUCGGCAGCACUUGCGCGACCAUUAUAAACUCCAGACCAAGACGACGAAACUGACGAGGCGGGGCAUCCGGCACAGGACCGUUUACAAGUGCAGGCUGUGCCUCAAGGCCUUCCAGAAGCCGAGUCAGCUGGUCAGGCACAUUAGGGUGCAUACCGGCGAGAAGCCCUACAAGUGCAAUUUGUGCAAUCGAAGUUUCACGCAAAAAGGUUCCGUGAGAAUUCAUAUGUGGCAACACAAUGGCAUCAGGCCCUAUAGCUGCUCAUUCUGCCAUGCUAAAUUUAGUCAAAAAGGCAAUCUCAAUGCGCACAUCCUCAGGGUGCACAACACCCAAGAGGAUUCGCCCGUCUACCGAUGCAGCCAGUGCCCGUGCAAAUUCAAGAAGCUCGGCAGCCUCAACGGCCACAUGAAGCGAGUCCACAGUUCCGGCGGCAAGGCACGCGACGUCGACGGCGACCCGGACAAGGAGGAGGAUCUGCCCGAGACCGAGACCGAGAUGCAGCAGCCGGUCCCCGUGGUCUCCCAGCGGCCGGAAGUCAUUAAGCCCGAGGCCGAGCGAGCGAGGCCCAAGGGCGUGGCCAGUGAUUCGCGGAAAAGAUCGGACGAGGGCUUCGUUGUGACGGAUGACUGCGAGAAAACGGCGAUGGUCACGCUUUUGGACAAAAUGUCGAACGACGCGAAAGGAAAGUAUAUAAAAAUAAAACAACGAUUUGUAAAUAACUCUAGACUUUACGAAUGCUCUUUCUGUGAUAAAACUUUCAAAAAGCCAUCCGAUCUUAUGAGACAUUUAAGAAUCCACACCCAAGAGAAGCCCUACAAGUGCAAGAUAUGCAGCCGAUCAUUUACUUUGAAAUCAACUAUGCUAUCGCACGAAAAGACUCAUAAGAAUUCAAAAAAAUUUUCCUGCAAUUUGUGCACAAAGGUUUUCGCAACUGAAAAAGAGCUUCUACUUCAUGAAAAGUUUCACAGUAAAAGCCACAAGUGCGGAUUGUGCGGAAAGAAGUUCACCAGCUUCGAUCAGCUGAAGACGCACUCGGCCGUUCACCAAAAGGGCAAGAGCGAGCAAGAAGGCGAAGGACUAUUAACAAAUCGGCGCAAGAGUCAGUACACUCCGGAAGUGCAGAGUCUCGCGCCCAAGGUCGUUCUUAAGGAGCCCCUAGUGCUUACCGAGGCGAGCAAUGGCCUUCUCCAUGCCCAACCCAAAUUUCGCAAUGAGAUCGCCCACGGCAAGGGCAGGCCUCACAAGUGUCCUUCCUGUCCUGCGGCCUUUAUAAAGCUGAGCCACCUUAAGCAGCACCACCGCAAGCACACUGGCGAGAGGCCCUUCGUCUGUGCCUUGUGCGACAGGUAA